AUGUCCCUUCCCGACUACAACGCGUCACCGUACGGCAACGUGCUACUCUUCGACUCAUAUGAGAGGCCUCAGCCAGCCAAGAAGACGGCGAAGACGACUGAGGAUGACUUGAAGCCUGUUGUUCCUCCAGCUCGUCGGGCGAUGCACACAUGGAUGGUGACGCAGAUGCGUGUGCCGGACGAGACCACUUUGAUGAAGCAAGUGCCAGCGUCCCUCGCCUCGAGCGCCUUGUCGCCAGCGGCGCUGAAGGAGAUGCUGAUCCCUGCUCUGAAGCUCGGCGGUGCCCCGGCAGACUCUCCUGCCGGAGCGCAGGAGCGAGUGACGCACGACUCGCCACGGCGAUCAUCCCCCGAGACGGUGGGUGCGCCGAUUGGCAAUGCCGCCGUACCACGGUGUACCAAUCCCGAGUAUACGCUGCAACCCAGCCUCACUGAGCUGGCCACCUACACUCCCGAGGAACUCCGCCGCGUCUCGCGCUUCACUGUGAGCCGCCGCGAUGGCUCGUGUGAGGUGCGCUUUCUGGAGCCGGUGAAUCUGGUGCGCGUGGACGUCGCCGCGAUGGUGUACCUUGGCAGUGACGGACACGUUGCACUGUACCCUGACGGCGAUACCCCACCCUUGUCGAGCGGGUUGAAUGUGCGAGCCGAGGUACGGGUGCGCGAUCCUACAGGGGGGGUCACAGAAGACAUCAUCCGCUACUGCGCGGAAGCACGUGCCCACUUCGUGGGUCACCGGCAGGGAUGGUGUGUCUAUCGUCUGAACGACAGCCGCGCCGGCCACACCGCGUCGCGUGCGACUCUUGGGCAGGAAACGAGCGACGUCGCCCCGCUCUCCAUCAUCCAUGAUGAGGACGAGCACUCGCACAACUUGGACUAUUCGUGCAACGACAGCGAGGAGGAAGACGCGGUCGAUAUGCGUGCAGCCGAGCAGCCGCAGGAGGUCACUGAUCAUGGAGACGCACUGCAGAUUACCAAUGCUGAGGUUCGCAGGUACGAGGUGCCACCGCCGCCAGCGUCGCGAAGGCCAGUGGUGGAGCGGCGCCUCGCGUCGGCUGCGACUGCCGACUUUGAAUUGCCCUACGUCCUGCCGGACAUGACCCCGAAAAGCAAGUGUGAGCCGUUCUCGGUGAAGUUGGGGACAACGCGCCGCACGGCUGAACCCCGCGUGUACUACGUGUGCGCGCAGGAGUCGAUCAUUCAGCGCACCUACGUCAACUACCCACCGCUGCUGCAGCCCUCGGAGCGGACAAUUCGUGGCAUGUUGGCGAGGAGCGUUCGCGCCGACUGGAGCAAUACCGGCAGCGUUGCGUUUCCAUCACACGCGGAGUUGCGCGACGGGGCGGAGGCGGCUGGUGCGGUACCGGAAGUGGUGGGCGCCUGCGCCGUUGCGGCCAGCCCGUUUUACUGGCAGAAGCCAGCCCGUAAAGUGCUCACCCAGUGUGCUGUGGCACUGCUUCGGCUGUUUCUGCAGCACACCGACGUGGCGGAAGACGUGGCGUGUCCGCUGGCUUCCAUCCAUCUCCACCGCGCCAAGAGCCACAACACGCUCUCGGCGGAGAAGCUGAAGAUAGCAACCAGCGUCAUUGAAAGCGUAAUCUCGGCUGCUGGCGAGGCGUCUCUCUCUCGCGUAGAGGUAUUCUCCACGCGGCAGACCUGCACCAUCCUCUCCCUCCUCUCUGCUCUCUAUGGGCUGCCUGAGGCGGACACGGCCGUCCCCAACGCCAUGGAGGAGGCGCGGUACCUCACCCAGCUGCGCCAUCGCAAUCUGGCGGGCUGGCUGAAAACGGAGCUCGCCGUCCUUCUCGACAACUCCACUACGCGUGCGGCGAAGUUGUCUCCCGCAGAGGAGCUGGUUCAGGCGAUUCUGUGUCAUAGGCUUCGCGAGGCGCGCACCUCCGCCCGGUCGGUCGCGAACGAGGAGCUGGCGAGGGUGGUGCGCGUGUGCGGCGAGGGCAACCAGUUUGGCGGUUACGUCGAGAUGGCGAGGAGCGGGUUUAGAAACGGUGAGGAGGUGCGGCAGCGUGUUGUAAGCCUCCUCUCGGGCAAGGUGGAGCCCUUCAUCCGCGACGAGGAGUACACAGGCCUGCAUGAUGAGGCCAUCGAGGUGCGUGCGGCACCAACAGCAGCCACGUGGAAGCAGCUGUUGGGUAUUUUCACUUUCUACGGCUGUGUCUCUGACACGCCAGCCGAGGACAUUAUUCACGCUUUUCUCGAGCGCCUGCGCGCUCCGUCGUCACGCAAGCUCAAUCCUCUGCCUCCGUACGCCGAGCGCGUUGACACCGCCGUGCUGCGGACGUGCCGUGGGAAAGAUGUUGUGCGGCGCGGCAACACCUUCCAAGAUGCUGCGUUGCUCGUUUUGGAAGGAUUCGCCAACGGGUCGGCGCCACCCGCCGCUUGUCUGCACCCCCACGCUUCAAGCUACUCUGGCACCGAUUAUCUCACGGCGUUCGUGAUCGUGACUGCGAUUCGUGCCGUCCAACUUCCGAGAGACCAAGCUUACAGAGAUGCGGAGCUGUCGGUUCUUCUCGGCAUGACAGCGGAACUCGAAUGCAACGAUGAGACGUGGUUCUGGGGCCUCCUUCCUCUGCACAUGAUCGAGUCGCCCACCAACCGUCUCGACGCCGUGCGCGCAUUCUGCAAGCGCAACGCCAUGCGUGCCAGUGCUCAGAAGCAGCUUGGCGAGGCUCAGCCGGAUUACAAUAGAUUGAUGUGUUUGAUGCAUGUGAACGAGGGCUGGCUAGAGCCGGCUGUCGCUCCUCCGGAGGAGGAGAGGUGUGUCGCAGAGAACAUGCCGAGUGUAAGGACGCAUGCCGCCCUGGAAAAGGCCCUGGCGAAGUUGGCGAUUCAGGCGUGGUAA